UUUGGUUACAGGAGCUUACUUCCAAAUACAUCAACAGAUUUCGAUAUCUCAGAGGACAUGGUUGGUUUCCCUACGCGUCAUCUUCAACUCUGGGCUUUGUCAUCAAGCAACUUUCAUGGAGUUCAAUUCACCUGCGAAGUUUUUCAGCCGCUUUUCAUGCUUCCUUCACAGAAAUCUGCACUGCGUAUAUGCAUAGCUCAUCCUUGCAACAGAUAUCCUGCCGAUAUGUGCAGAAGACAGGGAAGCUCGUUGGAACCAUUCUACCAGGUGGCAAUCGUGAUCAAGUUCCCUCUUGAAUCAAAGGAAGACGAUCUGAAGCUUUUGUGUCUUUCUGACUCAGAAAAGGUCCAGGAAACUGUCCCUGUACGUUGUCUCCUGAAUGGAGAAUGCAACACCUCAAACUUCGAGCUGCCCUCCUCAUGUGCUGAGGGAGGGGCGAAGAGUAUCUGUCUACGUAUUGAGCAGGGCACAUCAACUCUCGUAGAACAACAAAUACCCAUCUCAAUAGAAGUCGAGCCAGAUUAUGGAGUCUCCCACACGUAAGUUAAUCAUUUGUUGG